AAGUAACGGGACAGUGCCAAGGGAAGACAAGCAAUCAUCACCUUUCAUUAUUCAAGCAAUUCCCCAGUCUUCCACACAAAACACAUCUCUCUCUCUCUCUCUGUCUCUCUGUCUCGGCCUUUAUGUAUAUAAAUUGUAUAAUACAUAAACUUCUGUCUCAUCCUUUUCUUCCAAGUCGAUUAACACAGCAGCUAUCCAAUAGCAAGUAGAUGGAUCGCUAUGAGAAUUUGAAAUGUAUUGGGUCUGGAAACUUUGGUGUUGCUAAGCUUGUUAAGGAUAAAUGGACUGGUGAACUCUAUGCUGUCAAGUAUAUUGAGAGAGGCUUAAAGAUUGAUGAGCAUGUGCAGAGAGAGAUCAUGAAUCACAGGUCAUUGAAGCAUCCCAACAUAAUAAGAUUCAAGGAGGUCUUCCUGACUCCAACUCAUUUAGCCAUAGUCAUGGAAUAUGCAGCUGGAGGAGAACUUUUUGAAAGAAUAUGCAAUGCUGGUAGAUUCAGUGAAGAUGAGGCAAGAUUUUACUUUCAACAACUUAUAUCAGGAGUCAGCUACUGCCAUUCCAUGCAAAUUUGCCAUAGAGAUCUUAAGCUGGAAAACACCUUACUAGAUGGAAGCUCAGCUCCACGGCUUAAGAUAUGUGACUUUGGGUAUUCCAAGUCUUCUGUAUUGCACUCUCAGCCCAAGUCUACAGUGGGGACUCCAGCCUAUAUUGCACCAGAGGUCUUGUCAAGAAAAGAAUAUGAUGGCAAGGUAGCAGAUGUUUGGUCUUGUGGGGUUACUUUGUAUGUGAUGCUGGUUGGUGCUUAUCCAUUUGAAGAUCCUGAAGAUCCAAGAAAUUUCAGGAAAACCAUUCAGAGGAUUCUUAGUGUCCACUACUCCAUUCCAGACUAUGUUAGAGUUUCCAAAGAAUGCAAACAUCUUCUUUCUAGGAUUUUUGUAGCCAACCCUGAAAAGAGAAUAACAAUAUCAGAAAUUAGAAAGCACCCAUGGUUCCUGAAGAAUUUGCCUGUGGAGUUCAUGGAAGGGGAGGAAGAUAGCUUGCAAGAUAAUAGUAAAUGUGAAGAAUCCCAAAGCACUGAAGAAAUAGUGUCUUUUAUUCAAGAGGCCAGGAAGUCUGGAGCGGGUCCCAAAAUUGAUGGACUUCUGAUUGGAGGAAGCAUGGAUAUAGAUGAUUCUGACAUAGAUGAUAUAGAGACAAGCGGUGAUUUUGUUUGUGCUCUAUAAAUGAAACUGAAAUUAAAUGGCAAUUUAAAUGAUAAAUGUUUUCAUGUAUAGGAGGGUGAUGUUGAGAUUUUCCUUAGCCAUGGAAGCUUGUGUUUUUUUUUUCUUUUUUUUUGGAUUUGUGUAUAAGGGAAAAUAGAGGGAUGUAAUGUUCUGCUGCUGCUUUUUAGUUUUGUAAUAAUCCUUUUUUUUUUUAACCUUUAGUGUUUGUGUUUUUUUUCUUUUUUUUUGGAUUUGUGUAUAAGGGAAAAUAGAGGGAUGUAAUGUUCUGCUGCUGCUUUUUAGUUUUGUAAUAAUCCUUUUUUGUUUUUUAACCUUUAGUGUUUGUGUGUAUAUAUAUAUGUAUGAUUUAAUAUUAAUUUUUAUCUCCUAUUCCUUUAA